CCGGGAAUGGCUGCAGCCCCAGUUCGAUGUUGACCAAUAGCCAUCGUGUGUCCCUAGCUACCACGCGCAGGGUAUCCGCCGCCGCCGAUGUCGCCGUCUUUUGGGAGCCUCCAGAGUUCCCGCAGGGGCGCCCACAUUGGAUCUGGCCGUCGGCAUCUCCAACCACACAUUUUUGCUGCCUCCGCACCACCAUUCGAGCUCCACCCUUUAGUCGGCGACUCUACUUCUUCGUCCUUCGCCGCAAGUCACACGUCCCAUCAACCCUCCGAGACCACCUCGCUCCUGCACCGUACACAAGGUGUUCGAUCAUUUUCUCCAAUAGGAAGAUGCCUCUCCGGCUCACAGAUAACCACAUAGCUGCACCGAGAACUCGCCAUGUCCAGACAUGUCCUUAGGCAUUCCAAGAAAUCUUUCUUUAAAGGAAAUCGCUCGGAACUGCCAAGAGCUUGGGGCUUUGAAUGGCGGAAGCAGUGACUACUGCUGUCGCCAUCGGAUGGGGCAUGAGAGCAGCAGGGUGGGUAGCUUCGCCCAUCAUCUCCGACCUGUUCAAGAAAGCAUCCUCCUAUCUCGGCUUUGAUGCAUCGGAGAAGCUGAGUGAGCUUGAGCCGAAGAUUUUAUUGCUGGAGCGGGUGAUUGGAGCGGUUGAGGAGAGCCCUUACAGGCCUCGGUUGGAGGGGCUGUACAGCAACCUUAAAUCCGCUUUCUACGACGCAGAAGAAAUCUUGGAUGAUGUUGAGUAUUACCGUCUUGAGAAGAAGAUACAAAAUGACAGGCUCAAGUCAGAGGUCGCCGGGCCUUCACGUCGCUUGAAGGAGAUCUGGUCCGCGACGGCGAAGAGCUCUCCACUAAAACAUAAGGAGAGUGGUAUGUCAAAAGUUAAGUUGAAAAAGAAGCUAGACAUAAUAGAAGAAGUCAUAAAUGAUGCAUGCAAAGUUUUGGAACGGAUGAACCUGCCAAGCAUAAGUGGUGCAAACCAGAGCCAUGUUGUUGCUGCCAACUCACGAGGUAGUGUCACUACUUCGCGGCCUCUAUCAAAGAUAAUUGGGCGAGAUGAAGAUUGUGAGAUGAUCGUAGCAAUGCUUCGUGAGAAGGAAGACUAUGGUCAGCCUGACAUCAAUAGUGUUACAUGUUAUUCUGUAGUUGGCAUUCAUGGCAUCGGCGGUUCUGGGAAAUCAACCCUUGCGCAACUUGUUUGUGCAUGUGAGAAAAGGGAUGUCCAUUUUGACCUUGUAAUGUGGGUUCAUGUUUCUCGGGAUUUUUGUGUGGAUGCCAUUUACAUGAAGAUGUUUGAGGCUGCUACAGGUACUUUGUGCCCUCAAUUGGAAAAUCGUGACACCUUGCAAGAUAUGUUGGAGGAGAAACUGCAUGGAAAACGUUUCCUUUUGGUAUUAGAUGAUGUUUGGUACAAUAUUAGAGAUGUGACGCAGGCUGAGAAUCUGCAACAGAUACUCUCACCGCUGAAGGCUGGAGAGGCAGGAAGCAAGAUCCUGGUGACUAGUCGAACUGAAGAUGCAUUGUUAGCUCUGGGUGCCGCGAAGCAGAGAUGUAUUCCCAUAUCAGUCCUAGAUGAAAAUGUCUUCUGCAAUUUGCUCAUGCAUUAUGCGCUCCACGGCGUACGUGUUGAUGAUCAUGCUCGUAGAACAUUGGAAGGCAUUGGAAAAGAGAUUGCAAAAAAGCUGAAGAGGUCACCUCUAGCAGCCAGAAUAGUCGGAGGACAGUUGCGUCUAAGGCAAAACGUUGAGUUCUGGAGAAGCGUUCGAAACCGGGACCUUUUGAACGAGACCAUGGGAGCUCUGUGGUGGAGCUACCAUCACCUUCGUGGGCAGGUCAAGCGAUGCUUUGCUUUCUGUGGUAUAUUUCCUCGAAGACAUUUGUUGAAAUGUCACGAGUUGGUAAAGCUAUGGGUUGCAGAAGGGUUUGCUAGAUGCACUAGUGAAGAGGAGGAAAUGGAAGAUGUUUGUCGGGAAUACUUUGAUGAACUAGUGUCAGCCUCGUUUCUGCAGCUUAAAGCAAAGGAAUAUCCCCAUGAGAAGGACUACUAUUUAGUUCAUGAUCUGUUGCAUGAUUUAGCGGAGAAGGCCGCUGGAAGCGACUGUUUCAGAAUCGAAAAUAGUUGGAAACUGCAAGGAAAAUGUCCAGCAGUGGAAGUUCCUCCAAACAUCCGACAUAUAUUUAUUGAGACCUAUAAUGAAGAAUUGGUCAUUAAGAAGAUAUGCCAAUUAGAUAACUUACGCACUCUCAUUAUUGGUGGUGAAAAUAUACCAGGAGCAGUUGGGGAGCAAGGCCUGAAGUGCAUGUUUAAGAAGCUGAGGAAGUUACGUGUGCUCACCAUAAGUGCCAGAUAUUCAAAGGAGGAAGAUCUUGUCUCCUUAGAUGUGCGAGUCCCAGCAUGUAUUGGUCAGUUAACGCACCUGAGGUAUCUUGCUUUACGGGCUAGACUUUUUCAUAUUAGACUUCAAAGGAUAAUUUUACCGGCCACUUUUACCAAGCUAUACCACAUGCAGAUUCUAGAUUUUGAUUGCUUUGAGAUUGUGGUGUUUUCCUCUAGUGAAGAUAUUUGUGGCCUCAUCAAUUUGCGGCAUGUACUCCUCUCAGAAGAUGUGGAUAUCCCAAGCAUCGGCAAGCUGACGUCACUCCUAUCGAUGAAAGUCUUCAAUGUAAGAAAGCAACAAGGCCACGAGUUAGAGCAACUCGAGAACCUAAACAAACUUCGCGGCCAACUCUGGAUCAAAGGCUUGGAAAAUGUUGAAAGCAAGGCAGAAGCUUUCAAGGCCAAUCUGGCCGGGAAGGAAGGGCUCAGUGCACUAAAAAUGUCAUGGCAGAGUGGUGAAGCGAGUUCAGAAGCUCAGGCAGAGGUACUAGAGGGUCUUUACCCACCCAAGGAUCUUAAAUCACUGAUUUUCGAAGGUUACCAAGGUCCGAGGUAUCCAAGUUGGAUGCACGAUGGUGGCCUAAAGCACGUGAACCAUCUCUAUCUCUUCGAGUGCAUCCCACAACCUGGCCCUGAACUUGUUGCGUUUUGCGCUCGUCUCCGUGAGCUCGUGAUUGAGCACUGCAGAUGGGGUGCCUUGCCAGAUUACGUGGAGUAUCUGACAUCACUGCAGAGCCUAAAGAUAUCGUACUGCCAGAAUAUUCGGUCGCUUCCAACAUUGCCGCCGUCUCUUGAGAAAUUCACACUGAAAGGCUGCAAUGUGUCGAUGAGCUCGUGUUGCCUUGAGCACCUGACAUCACUGCACACUCUGGAGAUCUCAGACUGCGGAUCCCUUCCAGCACUGCCGCAGUCUCUUGAGCACAUAGACCUGUAUUGUUUGUAUGGCUCGUCUCCCAUGGAGCACCUUACGUCACUGCAGAGCCUGGGCAUCUAUUAUUGCGAUAGUGUUUUUGCUGGUGUCACUGCACUACCGCAGUCAAUCAAGGAAUUCACUCUGAAUACCUGCGAUAAAGUGUUGGCGAGCUCGUGCAUAACAGUUGGAGGUUCAGGUUGGCAAAAGAUUAAGCACAUUCCGUACGCAUCAAUAAAAGGUGCUAGAAACACGGAGGUCCUGAUGAAAAUGGGAGUUGUACAAGACAGGAAUCAAUGGAUGGAAGAGAUGGCUAGCUCGUUAUCACAUUUUCUGUGACUUCCUACUGCGUCAAGUCGUGGCCCUUAAACCUGGCUGCUGCUGUUAUCAGCUACACACGGUGCAAAAUUUGACCGUGUGCCAGCGAUCGACACCGACUGUAUUUGUUCCCCGUAGGCUAUGGUCCUUAUAACGUGAGCACUGAAUUCCAAAAAAAUGUAAGUCCUGUAAUAAUGUUGUGAAACCAUGAACACGGGAGCGUAGGCGUCUCAUAUGGUUUUUAAUGCUGUACAAUGUUGAACACCCAAUCUACUUUGUUCCAUAUGGUUUGCAAUACACUGUUGAAAUAUAAGCGCGUCCUUGCAUGAAUAAAGUACAAAAUAAUUCCUUCCU